UGCCGCAAUUGUUUGCUUCUUCGGAUAUUUUUCAAUUAGUUCUGCCAAAACUGAGGAAAAAAUACAUGUAAAGGAUGAAAUCAAUUUACGAAAUAUGAUUUUUGAGCUAAAAUCUUUACUUUUGGAUCAAAAUGAAAGAAUACUGGCAUUAGAGAGGCAAAAUGCUAUGCAAUCUGAAGAAAUAGCAGAGUUUCGAACUAUGAUUCAAACUCAAGAUGAAAAAAUAUUGCACUUGCAACGCCAACGCGCAUGUAAAACUAAUAUUAAAAAUUCAUCAAUAUUAAAAGAACCCACAUCAAUGAAUGUCCAGAUGAAGAAAGCUUCGGCUUUUAAACGAUCUGGAAUUCCUGAAAAAGUGAUACAAACAUCUGCACAACAACGAAUAGCUCGAGCUGCAGACACUACAAUCGCCUUCUACGCUUACUCCUCUCACACAUUCCCAAGACCCAGUGACCACUUCAUCCUGAACUUUGACACUAUAAUCACUAACCUCGGAAACGGUUAUCACCCGCAUUCCGGAACAUUUAUUGCAACUCGGUCUGGAUAUUAUGUCUUUACGUGGUCCUUUAGGAUUCAAGGUGAUGCUCAUAUUUCGACCGAACUCAUGGUAAAUGACACGCCUAGAGGUUCUGUUUACUAUGACGCAACAGAGAAAGUAGGUGGAAACACUGGUGGGACGGUUGUCGUUCACGUUAACCAGGGUGAUGAAGUCUUUAUACGUACAACCAAUACUAACUAUAACCUUGGUGACAUUUUGAGUGAUAACGCAGGAAGAACUUAUUUUGGUGGUUGGCUUUUAUUCUAAAAACCCCAACAAUAAUGGGUUUUCAUUAAAAUAUACCACCUGCUGUUGUUUUCAUUUAACAAACUUAACAAAAAAACAAAAUUUCGAAAGAAAAGGAUCAGGAUGGAUAGACAGAUAGAUAGAUAGAUAGAUAGAUAGAUAGAUAGAUAGAUAGA